AUGUCGAUUGACAAAAGCCCUUCGUCAUCUCUGGCUGGUAUCACUGCUGAGCCGCCGUUACUCUCUCCUAAUCUCGGAAGUGAUGAAACUCGAGUUCGUGCGCCGUCCUUCGGCCCGCUACAACAUCGGUUACGGAAGCUUAGCACGCGUCUCUCUCGGUCAUCGAGAUCCGACAGCUCAUGCAGUAUUCAAUCACUUUCUGCUGCUGAUAUCAAGGGAGCCCUCGGUCUGAACUUGCUUCAUGCGCCCUCGGAACCAGCAAUCGACUUUGUGUUCAUUCACGGUCUGGGUGGGGGAUCGAGGAAAACAUGGAGUCACUCAGCCGAUAUUGGCAUGUUUUGGCCUAGAGACUGGCUGCCAAAUGAGGCCGGUUUCAAACACGUCCGCAUUCAUAGCUUUGGGUACAACUCAGACUGGACAACACGGAAGGACAGCCGGUUAACAGUCCAUGACUUCGGACAAGCGUUGCUUGCCGAUCUUCACAAUUCCCCUUGCCUUCGCAAGAAUGGCGAUACACCGGUUGUGUUCAUAUCUCAUAGCAUGGGUGGCUUGGUGGCCAAAAAGGCGUACCUCAUAGCCACGCGUGAUCCGAACUACGUAACUAUCGGGAAGAGGAUCCAUACUAUGUUAUUCUUAGGCACGCCUCAUCGCGGAGCUGAUUCUGCAAGUGUCGCGAGAUUGGUCCGUCAGUCGGCUGGGUACGGCUCAAAGGCGUUUCUAGAUGAUUUGAUUCCCGGCAGUGGAACACUAGAUCAAAUCAACGACGAGUUUAGACAUAUUUGCCACAAUAUUAACCUCUGGUCUUUCUUUGAGAGUUUGCCAACGAGUUUCGGCCCCACAUCAUCCUUAAUUGUCGAAAAGGAAUCUGCCGUCCUUGGGUUACCGAGAGAACAUGUUCAGUAUCUUGAGGCCGAUCACCGACAAAUGUGCAAAUUCGAUUCGCCAAGCAAUCCGAACUAUUUGACUCUACAACGAGCCUUUCAAACCAUAGUCGAAGAGAUCGGGACUGUCACUUUAGUCCAAAGCCAACAGGAACAUAAAUCCAAAAUGCGAAAAAUUGCUGCAUUCCUGUGUAUUGAUCAACGGCCAGACGCAGUUCUUCUUGCUAUAAACGAGAAGCAGCACCUCGGAUCCUGUACGUGGUUGACAGAUAGUGAUAGAUUCCAGAAAUGGAUCGAUGGGCCAAUCGGUCAUUGGGCCGACAAAGAGUCAUUGUUAGAGCCUUCUAGAGAUCUAGAGUUCAAGCUUUUAUGGCUCAAUGGCCGCCCCGGGACCGGGAAGACUAUCGCUGCCGGCCAUGUAAUCCGACAUCUCCAAUCUCGCAACCUCGACUGCAGCUUCUUCUUCUUCAGGCACGAGGAAACUUCUUCCUCCACUCUAGCCUUUCUGAUGAGAUCCCUAGCAUUCCAGAUAGCUGAUUCAAACUUUGAGGUGCGCCAGGCUCUGGCUUCUAUGGCCGAGGACAACAGAACCCUCAAGUUUGAGGAUCACUAUUUGCUCUGGGCAACUCUUUUCAACGAAUGCAUUUUCAAAGCAAAAUUUGACCGGCCUCAAUUCUGGGUUAUAGAUGCGAUUGACGAAUGCUCCUCCGAAGACCUACCUGGCUUGAUUUCCAUGCUGUCCCACAUGGAACAAACGUUACCCAUCCGAGUCUUGGUUACCAGCAGACCUGGUGGGCAAGUUAGGCGGUAUUUAACACUGGAACGCACGGAUUUUGUGGAGAUCAUCACGGGCGAAGAGGGUUCGCUUAGAGACAUCGAAGUGUUUGUUGAAGCCAUGUUUCUCCAGACAUAUGAUGCUGAUCAAUACGAUGGCAUACAGAAUCUUGUCGCCGAUGUUCUGACAAAAGCAGAUGGCAAUUUCUUAUGGACAUCCCUCACAGUAGCCCGUCUGGAGAAUGCAUACAGUGUAGAAGACAAGCAAGAUGGUUUGCGACAAAUUCCGCCGCAGAUGGACGAGCUUUAUUCCCGCACACUCGAUUUGAUAUCCCAAUCACCUAGCGCUGAGCUGGCCGAAUGUGUGUUGAAGUGGGCGAUUUGUUCGCCAAAAUCGCUUCACAUCAACGAGCUAGCCGAGGCUGUGAAACUCGAUGUCGGGAAGACUUUAGCAGCCAAUGGAAGGGAGCUGGAGAGCAUGACGGGAUACCUCAUUGUCGUGGAUGUCUCAAUCUGGGACUUGAAUACUUCUGUCUGCGUCGGCAACUUUGAGAAAGACAAUUUCAACUAUGUUUACGCUACCUCACAAGUUCUGGACAUGGUGUUCAAUCCAAUUGCUGAGGUCGAGCUGCUAGCAAUAUCAUACAUGGACGGCGACGUGGUAACUUGUAAUCCAUGGACACAAGACCAAGCAAACAAGUAUCACCUGCAAACAUUGCUAUCUGCUCUAUCCACUAGCUCCGAUGGCAGGGUUCUCGUAGGUGCUGCAGAGGACGGAGGCAUCUACCUUUUCCUCUUUGAGACCUUGCAGCCAAUUUACCACAUUCAACUACCAGGAGAUCAACUAAGGAUCAGAGAUAUCGCAUUUUCAGCAGAUAAUCUCCGUUUUUACGACAUCCGGGGGCAAUGCUGCAACGUCUGGGAGCCGAUUAUCCUCCUUUCCAAAGAGGAGUACGAUGACGACUCCCUGGAAAUUUCAUGUUCCAGAGAAGAAGCUGCCCUUCCGGAAAUAAAAGCAUCACGUUCUCAUGUGUAUCAGUGGGGAGAAAGCAUCACGGCCAUCGAGCCAGCCAACGACAUGUUACUCGUCGGGCGCCAGGAUGGCACAAUUGAUGUCAGUGAUCUGACCACCGGCGAGAUGGUCGAGAAGCUCCGGAUUCACGAUGCAUUUGCAGAGAUAAAAUCAUUAGACUGGAACGAAGACACGUUGAGGCUGAUGCCGUGA